AGGUUCCAGGUCGCGUCCUGCGCUCUCCCUCUCCUCCGCGCGGGUGCAAACGCCAAAGGCAUUCUCCCCAGAUCUGCGUAGUGCCCGAGGGGAGGCGAGGGCCUCCCUGCAGGCAGGGUUGCCCAGUUCAGCCAAAAAGAAAGAAAAAAGAAAAGAAAAAAACCCAGAAAACGGAUACGUACUUAUUCACCGUGUAUAACAUACAAUGUGUGUAUAUACACUAUUACGUAUUUAGAUAGAAGCGCGUAGGUGUCCGUAAACGUAGUUACAUCUAAGCGUAUUCACGUGUAAGUAUAAACACUCAAACGUAAGCGGACACACAGGACGCCCGUUUACAUUUGAAGUUCAGAUAAGCGGGUACUUUUUUGGUGUUUGUCCCAUACAGUAUCUGAGAGCAUUUUCCCACAAAAAUGAUUCGUUGUGUGCCUGAAAUUCAACUUGAGCGCGCGUCCCGCGUUUUCGGUGUCAACCCUCGCUGGGGGGCGGAUCGUCCUGGUGGCGAGAAGCGCGGCGGCGCGGGAACGCGCGAACUACAAGCCCCACAAUGCUGCGCGGGCACCCGGGGCCCUGAUAGGCUACGAGGUGCUUCCGCCCUCCGUCACUUCCGGCCGCGGUGUUGGAGGUUGCCGCAGACCCGGCGGGAGUGGAGCGCCCGGGGCCGGGGAUCGGAGGCCGCCAUGAACUUCUCCGAGGUGUUCAAGCUCUCCGGCCUGCUCUGCAAGUUCUCCCCGGACGGCAAGUACCUGGCUUCUUGCGUCCAGUACCGCUUAGUGGUCCGGGAUGUGCACACCCUCCAGAUCCUUCACCUGUACACGUGCCUGGACCAGAUCCAGCACAUCGAGUGGUCGGCGGACUCCCUCUUCAUCCUGUGCGCCAUGUACAAGCGGGGGCAGGUUCAGGUGUGGUCCCUGGAGCAGCCCGAGUGGCACUGCAGGAUCGACGAGGGCUCGGCCGGGCUGGUGGCCUCCUGCUGGAGCCCCGACGGCCGCCACAUCCUCAACACAACCGAGUUCCACCUGCGGAUAACUGUCUGGUCCUUGUGCACAAAGUCCGUGUCUUACAUCAAAUACCCCAAAGCCUGUCAGCAGGGGGUCUCCUUUACCCGGGACGGCCGCUACAUGGCGCUGGCGGAGCGGCGCGACUGCCAGGACCACGUGAGCGUCUUCGUCUGCAGCGACUGGCAGCUCCUGCGGCACUUUGACACAGAGACCCAGGACCUCGCAGGGAUCGAGUGGGCCCCAAACGGCUGUGUGCUGGCAGUGUGGGACACCUGCCUGGAGUACAAGGUCCUGCUCUACUCCUUGGACGGCCGGCUCUUGUCCGCGUACUGUGCCUACGAGUGGUCCCUGGGCGUCAAGUCUGUGGCCUGGAGCCCCAGCAGUCAGUUCCUGGCCAUCGGAAGCUAUGACGGGAAGGUGCGCAUCCUUAAUCACGUGACUUGGAAAAUGAUCACAGAGUUCGGGCACCCAGCCACCAUUAACAAUCCCAAAAUAGUCGUGUACAAGGAAGCCGAGAAGACUCCGCGGCUGGCGCCGGGCCGCCUGGCCUUCCCCCCGCCCAGAGCAGCGGCCGGCGUGGCCUCCCCCGCGGAGACCAAGUAUGAGAUCGCCUCCGUGCCAGUCUCCUUACAGACCCUGAAGCCUGUUGCCGACAGAGCGAACCCGAAAAUCGGCAUCGGAGCGCUGGCCUUCAGCCCGGACAGCUACUUCCUGGCGACGAGAAGCGACAGUGUCCCGAACGCCGUCUGGAUCUGGGACAUUCAGAAGCUGAGGCUCUUCGUGGUGCUGGAGCAGCUGUCCCCCGUGCGCUCCUUCCAGUGGGACCCGCAGCAGCCCCGGCUGGCCAUCUGCACGGGAGGCGGCAAGGUGUACCUGUGGUCGCCAGCGGGCUGCGUGUCCGUGCAGGUGCCUGGGGAAGGUGACUUUCAGGUGCUUUCUCUGUGCUGGCAUUUAAACGGGGACUCACUGGCCCUCCUCAGUAAGGACCACUUCUGCCUGUGUUUCCUGGAAACCGAGGACAGGGUUGGCACGGCCUUUGGACGGCCAGGUGACCACACGUAGGACCUGCGAGUGCCCAGGCCCGGCCGAGAUGAGAGAACACCGCGGCACGUGGCAGCCACGGGGAAGGUGCGGGGCUUCUGGGGGGCGGGGGGUGUUCCCCAACAGUGGCCCAGAUGAAAUGACCGGCUUUUAUUUUUGUAUAGCA